GUUUACCUUCAGCUUCUUCAGUGGCGGAUGUGCGUAACGUGCGUCUCGUCGAUAUGCGCGCGCACUUUACCGAAACUUGGUCCGAUAAAAUGCACGAGGAUCAAACGCUCCGUGAACAUGUGCAAGCGAGACAUGUGUAUGCGAGAUACGUUAUACGUAUACUGCAAUACUACGUUAUACUACGUAUAACUAAUACAAGACACCGCAGGUAGAAAACCAGCCGCUGGGUUCAACAGAGCUGAGAUUUAAAAGGAACCGAGCGAAUCAAAUCUCGAGUACGAUGGAAUGACCAGUCAGAAAAUAACGCAGGUAGAGGACGCCGGAUUUCUCCCACGCUUUCUCCAGACGAACGUUGUUCCAACAGUCCAGUUUGAAUAAGAAGGCGAGAACGUCAAGGAUAAAGGAAAAACUACAUUCCGAAACAUGAUUCCGAAACAAUGAUUCAGUGUUGUAAAGACUUUUGAGUGUUGUAAAAACAUAAGAAAUAAUUACUCUUCAAUAACGGAUAAAAGGUACGAAAUAUAUUCUUUUUACAUUGUAUCAAUUAUUGUGUUCUCUAGUAUCACAAGUAAAUUAUAGUAUAUUAUAAAACAUUAUAUGUGCCAAUUCUCUCUCACACUUUCACUGUUAACAAUUUGCAUAGUUUGUACAUAGUACAAGUUUGAAUACGAUUUGAAAAAUUCGAAUGCUUCCAUCGCGUCGUUAUUAUCACUGUCGAUAAAAGCAAUAAAUCUAAUAUAUUAAUAGAUAUUUUAAUACAUAUAACUUUAUAUUAAAAGAUUAAUAUAGACAAAACAGAAUAACAUAUAUUCAAUCGUUAUUACUUCAGCUUUAUAUAUAAGUAUAUCGUUGUAAAAUUAUAAUUUUUAUUUAUAACGUUAUAACAACUAAAUGGUGUUCUUGUUAUAUGCAGGAAACUUUUAUUCAACUUAGAGAUGUUCUAAGUUUCGAAAGAUCGACGGGACCCGUUCGAUUGGUCAUCAUGUUGUCGAUGAAACCACUUCUCUACAGAGUCGAGACGUACAUCGUGCCUGAAAUAAAUAAAUACCCGGCACAAAAGUUCUCGUCUCUCAAGGAGACCGACGACAUCCAGCUGACAUAUACGUCAAGAAUCGUUGAAGAAAAGGCAUCCGAGGAGAAUCAGCAAAACCUUGAGGAUGCUUCAUCGCUCUCGCAUGGAAAAUACAUAGAAUCGACGAAAUAUUGCGUGCAGGACAUGCAUUGCAAAUCAACUGAUGUAAAAAUCGUGGAAGAUAUAAUGAAUAACAGAGAAACCGUAUGCGACAAGCGGCUCGAGAACGACGAUUUUAAAUAUCAAAACGACGAGGAAAAUCUCUGUACUCACAUCGAAGAGUAUCUGAAUAUGCAAAAAAUAGAAUAUCAAACAUUAAUUAAAUCACAGGAUUCAUUUUAUCCUGUACGACAUUUCAAAAGGGUCAACAGCUUGAUGUCAAUCGACGAGAGAAGCGAGAGUUCCUCGAAUACUGACAGCAAAUUGAGUGAUCUCUGCCACCACGGCUACAAGAAUGGCUGCACUGCGGCGAUUCCGUCGCCCGAGGAAGUUAGCGAGGAAGUCUUCCAAGAGAAUUGGCUGCGGAAGAUCGAGACGCUGCGGCAACGUGAGGCCGCCGUGAUAGCGAAGGAAAUGAACUUGCAGAAUCGAGAGAGACAGUUAUUCCAGAGGGAGAAGGAAAUUCAAAUCAUGCAGAGGUUACUGCAAGACAAGCUGAGACAGAUAGAAUGUGAGCAGAAGCAGCAAGACCUGCGGAACGUCAACAAAAGGCUCAAGGAAGUUGGGCGGAAGUCGAAAUCCGAAUUCCGAGAGUCUCAGGAGCAAGAUCAUUCGCUGGAACGAAAUGAACACACGAGCAUCGUUCAAGCGAACGAGCCUGCAAAAUCGGAGAAACCGAGGAACAUUCUACCACCUGUCGAUUCAUACGAGAGAAUCAAGGAACUUGAAAAGAAGCCGAGGAACUUUGUACGCUCGAAGAGUUACUGGUCGAGACAUUCAUCUUCUAAUAAGCUUAACUCAUAUAGCAGCAUGAGAUUCAAAGAACGACUCAAAGAAUCUAACGACGACCUCAAUUCCACGUUAUCCGCUGAUCCUGGAGAUUCGUCCUUCGUGAAGACGUCCGAACGUUUCAAUCCGGAAGCCUAUAAAAAGCCGUACGCUUUUAUAAGGUCAGCAAGCGAGCGUUGGAACAAACAGAAUUAUAAGACUGUCUCAAAAGUGCAAAUUAUGCCUGAGGAGAAGCUGCAAGAGGAAAAGGUCCUUCGUAAACUUAGCGAGAACAUAAACGCCACACAGGAUAGGGACACCAAGUUCCAGAAUUACGGACUCGUGGAUUGCAGACCAGACAAAGUUCCAGCGACCAUGGUACCGAAUCCGGAACACAAUCCUACCAACGAGGAGAAAUUCUCUUAUCUCGACUUGGCGACUGAUAAAAAGGCACCCAGUCGUUUGAAGGACAGACCAGUUUCCUGGAAUGAAAAGACUAAUGAGUGGCUGCAGAAGAAGCGACAGGCGUAUAAUUUGGCGACCAAAGAGUCGACUGAAAAUAAGGAGAAUAUCCAGUGCAAUAUCGUUAUGAAGCAAAAGACGAAGAACUCGAAGGUUAAGAACAAGAUAUUUACUAUGUUCCAUUAACAAACGUUCCGUCUCUCGGCACACUUAUUAUUGCACACGCGCCGCUUCCUAAAAGACUGAAGAUUUGAUGAUCUAAGGAUUAGUUUACUGUUAACUAUAUUUGAAGAAUAGAUGAGAUUUUACAUGAAAAUUUGCAAUAGUUUUAGUGCAACACUGAAUAUAAUUAUAGAUCAGGUUUAUAGUAUAUUAUAGUUAUUAAAUAUAAUUAUUUACACUUUCAAUGCUUUUUUCUAUAAAAUGCUUCGUAAGUGUAUAUAAACAAAUAACAUUGAAAGUGUUAAGUAUAGUCUUGAGGUAUAGUCAUAAGCUUAGUAUACAGUCGAUCAAGAGCGUGGUCGGGUCAAUUUAUAAAAAUAUUUAUUAAAUAAAAAUUUUAAAUACAUAUAUACAUUGUACCCGAUGAGAAUAAGGAUGCAAUUAUGUCAAUAACGGCAUAUCCGACAAAU